AUGAGCGUUUCAGUGGACUCUCCCCUCGUCUUCAAGGGCGUCCUGCAGGGCCACACCGACUGGGUGACGGCCAUCUCUACGCCCAGCUUCGAGAGCAGCACGAUCAUAUCUUCUUCUCGAGACAAGAAGAUUAUCGUGUGGCAUUUGAACCAUUCUCCUGAUACUGAAGGCGUUGGCUAUGCACGACGGGCUCUCACUGGACAUUCCCAGUGCGUUCAGGAUGUGGUGAUAUCAAGUGACUCGAACUUUGCCUUGUCUGGAUCCUGGGACAAGACCCUGCGUCUGUGGGACUUGAACGUUGGAGAAACCGUCCGCACCUUCCAGAAGCACACAUCUGACGUCAACUCUGUCGCUUUCAGCGCAGAUAACAGACAGAUUGUGUCUGGCUCUCGCGACAGAACCGUCCGCCUGUGGAACACCCUCGCAGACUGCAAGUACACCAUCGAGGAAGGCCAACACACCGACUGGGUUUCGUGCGUCAGAUUUUCGCCGUCGCCCAAGGAGCCUCUUAUCGUUUCUUGUGGCUGGGACAAGCUGGUCAAGGUGUGGAGCCUGACGUCGUGCAAGCUCAUAACCAAUCUUGUAGGCCACACGUCGGUCCUGUACACAGUUACGGUUUCUCCUGAUGGCUCGCUGUGUGCCUCCGGCGGGAAAGAUGGAGUUGCCAUGCUGUGGGAUGUAAACGAAGGAAAGCACCUGUACUCUUUGGACGCGAGCUGCACCAUCAACAGCCUCUGCUUCUCUCCUUGCAACUAUUGGCUCUGUGCUGCAACGGACAAAUCCGUGAAG